GCCGACUCCGUGUCUACGGUUCGUUGACUUUGGUUCCUCUCCCGACACCGUGUACAAUCCGAUCCGAUGGCCGGUCCGUUCGAAAUCGACCAGUCGCCUCCGAGCACCGAGCUCCUGGAAGUGGCGAAAACCGAGCUGCGCGAAACCCCCGAGGUCCGCGCGGCGGCGAUCGAGGAGCUGCGCAAACUGCUUAAAGCAAGCAACCUAAACUUCCCGGAUGAUGACGAGUUUCUGGUGAUCUAUCUUCGCCCGACCAAGUUCUACCCGGAGAGUGCACUGAAGUUGAUGCACAACGUGGCCGAGUUCAACAAAACGUAUCAUGACUUGCUACACAAUCUGAUGCCGGCCGAUGCGAAGGCGGUCUUUGUCGAUCAUGGACUGAUUAACAUCUUCACCAAUCGCGACCAGAAGGGCCGCCGCAUGAUGGUGGUCCACAUGGGUGAGCUGUGGAACACGAAGGCGGUGAAAGAAGACCAGAUUUUCCAGGCACUGUACACCAUCCAGAAGCUGGCCGUGCUCGAACCGGCCACGCAGAUCAACGGUGUGGUGGUGAUUUACGAUUUCAAGGGCAUGGGAAUGGGUCACGUGUCGGCCAUGUCGACGAGCGGUGCCAAGCGAUUGCUGACCUUCAUCCAGGAGGCCUGCCCACUGCGCAUGAAGGCAGUGCAUUUCGUCAACGAACCGAUGAUCUUCAACAUGGUUUGGAAGCUGUUCAAGCCGUUCGUGAAGGAGAAGCUGAACAAGCGCAUGUUCUUCCACGGCGAAAAGAUGGCCAAGCUGCACGAGCACAUCGAACCGGCAUACCUUCCGGCCAACUACGCCGGUACCCUUCCGGCGCUCGACUACGGCGGCAAGGAAUGGUAUCCGACGGCCGAGAAACACGUGGACUUUAUCAAAAAAUGGAACACUUGUGGAUUCAAGUAAAGCAGGUCGCCAUGACAACUUUGCCCCUACAGCCUCAUUUUAUCAUCACCGUUGGAAUUAAAAACUA